UGUAGUUACUAGACAAAGCUUCUCAUCAAAAAUUCCUAAGCUUCCAAGACACAAUCCUAAUUUCAGAAGUAGCUCAUGUAUUUUAUUUUUGUUAAUUAGCUUAAACUUUUAAUUUCUUGUUUUAUAAAAUUCGGGCCACAAUGGACUUCAUCCUAAGAAUUUUGCUCGUGUUAAUAUUUUCGCGGUAUUUUAUCACAACGAGCUUAUGUGAAUCGUCGGUUGGAGAAAUUGAAGACAUCUUUGGACGGCUGGGACCAAGAUCUUUGUUGAAAACAUUUAUAGAGUCUGCAAAAUUCUCUGAAUAUACCAAGCAGACUUGCGCAGGACAAUUUCUGACGUAUACGAAUGGCCUUAGAAAAGGAGAAAUGUGGGCUCUUAAAAUGCUGGACUCGUCUUCAAAGAUCCCGUCUGGUAUUUUGACAGGAAAUAUUGUCGAUCUGGGAAUGUUUGACGAAUGCAUGUCAGUUCAGGCAAAGAAAGAGAAGAUAGAAAUUCGUGGUCGACACUGCAUGUACUCAAUAACUUUAGCUAAUCACAACAGUUCAGAUCUUGUUCAACCAUCUUUUUCUAUAUGCGUUCCCUCAGCAUGUAAUGCUUAUGAUGUGGAAACAUUUCUUAAUAAAACUAUCCAUAAUUUUGAGUUGAUAAAAGAUUUGGGAAUCACUGAUAUAACUGCAACUUGCUCAACUGUUGGUCCUCAAAGAUGGUCAAAGGGAACCAUCAUAUCAGUGACAAUACUAUCUAUCUUUGUGAUUUUCCUAAUAAUUUGUACGUUUCUGGAUAUCCUUCAAAGACGUAAACCUCUUGAAUCUGCAGUUGCCAGUAACUUGACAGAGUUUUCCUUGUACAAAAGUGCCAGCAAAAUUUUGAUUAUGAAUGUCAGUUCCAAUUCAUUGAGUGCAUUGCAUGGCAUUCGAUCUUUAAGUAUGUGCUGGAUUGUUCUUGGCCAUCAGUAUGUGAUGAGCCUUUUUUAUGCUAACGCUAACAUGAUUUAUGUUGCUGAUUGGAUUAAAUCCUGGAGGUCAUUGUACUUAUUUUUGGCCCUUUUCGCCGUGGAUACGUUCUUUAUGCUAAGCGGACUUUUACUGACUUAUUUUUUCCUAAAAGAAAUGUCUACAGGAAAGAAGUUUAAUGUUUUUGCGUUCUAUGUUCACCGUUAUAUAAGAUUAACUCCGCCAGUGGUAGCACUCCUUGUUUUCGCAAUCUUCAUCAUCCCUCUCAUGGGAUCAGGCCCAAGGUGGGAGGAAUUUGGAAGAAUAUUUUUUGGUGACAAAUGCAUUGAAAAAUGGUGGUCGUUUUUGCUGUACACGAACAAUUAUGUCGCAAACGAUGAUGUUUGUUUGGGUCAUUUAUGGUACUUGGCCGUUGACAUGCAGUUUUUCUGGAUAUCGCCUUUUAUAUUGUGCCCUCUUGUCAAGAAACCAAAAUUGGGAUUGGCAAUUUGGAGUGUAUUGUUUGUUUCGCAAAUCGCAGCACCUGCUGCAAUUAUAGCAGUAAACAAGUAUUCAGCCACGAUGGAAUUAGGCCGGACCCUCGAAGAGACGCUAUCAAUGGUUAAGCACCUAUACGCGGUUGCUUAUACAAGAGGUGGCAGUUGGCUCGUUGGUGUCCUCUUUGGAUAUAUCAUAGCUACAAAAGGAUCAGACUUCAAUAAGAAAACUAUUUAUAUUGGAUGGAUUUGUUGUCUUGCAUCGUUGACAUUUUGCACAUUGGGAAUGAGGACUUUUCAGCAGGAGGAUUACGUUUACAACGUCGUUUGGGAAUCAGUUUUUGGAGCACUCUCGCGACCACUCUGGGCUGCAAGUGUGGCUUGGAUCGUUUUAGUUUGCAUUCAUGGUUAUGGUGGUCCAAUAAACACGUUUCUGUCGCUUCCAAUUUUCAUUCCGUUUGGCAGAGUUUCCUAUUGUGUGUACUUGAUCCACAUAGUACUUCAAGGAAUGCUAGCAUUUGCAUCAAGGACACCGCAUUACUUCACAGACUUUAAUGUGUUCAACCUUUUCUUGGCUAGUUUCGCUCUUUCUGUAGUGAUAGCCUUCUUCGGCAGUUUACUCUUCGAGGCGCCCAUUUUAACAUUAGAAAAAAUGAUUUUACGAAGACUCAAAGUAAACAAGAGCGAAUCAAGACAGUUAAUUCACGAUACAGAUGACGAAAAAUAAAUUUAAAUAGUUAAACCAAUUGUAGAGUAUUAAUAAUUUACUUGUUUUUUUUAUUUUUUAUUAAAGCCUUUGAAGUAGGGGAAACCUGAAAUGAGAAUGAAGUUGUAAAUGUAUUUUGUACAUUUUAUAUUGAUUUUUUCGGAAACAUUGUGUUUAUUUGUUGCAAAUUUUAUUUGAAUUAUUCAAAAAAUACCUAUUUAUUAAAAGCAAGAUUAUUGUGAUCGCCGAGAUGCUCUGUAGCCCCCAAACGAAGAUGGCGUUGGUGGAAUUUCUCACUUUCCAUCCCAUGCAUAAUCUACAAAUUAAGACUGAUAUACAUAUAAAUAUAGUAAUAUAAAAUUGAUAAUAGUAACUUGAUCACUAUGUACUUUUAAUUAUUAUUCUACGUAAUUUGUUAGUACGAAUAAAUGUUAUAUAAUUUAAAUGUAAU